UUUUCAAUUAAUGCAUCCGACCGAGAGGCUCCUCUCAACAGCUCAAACACCCACAAAUUUAAUCCACCGAUAUAGCACUCGUCUUCCUCCGUCGCCUCUCCUUGUUCUGUCACGGCAGUGCAGGUUCUCCUUGCUGUGCGAACCACACCGUGCAGCGCGUGCGUGCAUGAUGGACGGCGCGUGAGCACAGAUCGAGAGCCAGCUGCAUGCAUGCGUCCGUCGUGAGUUUGCCGAAGGUAGAUCGCCGUCUACGUGCUCCCUGUGAUCAUGGAAAAACAGCAGGGAAGCCACGAGCUGGAUAGUUUUGCUCAACUGGACGGGGCGGCGCAGGAGGAGGUGAUCGGCGGCGCGGGAGCCGAGAUGGUGGACUACAUGCUGGGCCAGGCGCCGCAGCCGCCUCAGGGAGCGCCGCACGGCCAGGUGUCCCUGGACAAGCUCAGCUUCUCCGACGUUUUGCAGUUCGCGGACUUUGGCCCCAGGCUCGCGCUCAACCAUCCGUCCGCCGACCACCACGACAACGCCCGUGAUGACGACGGCGAAGACAGCUACUUCUUCAGGUUCCAGUCACACGAGCUCUCGGCCGCGGACGACCCUGAUCCCCGCGGAGCCUCAGGUAUCCACCACGCGGCGGAGCAGGACGGCGGCAGCAACACGGCCGACGGAUCAGGAGGCGCGCGCGAUCAGGAUCACGGCGGCGGCAUCUCGGAGAGCACGACGCUGGUGCAGCAGUCUGACGGAGGCGGCAGGGUGACCGGCCAGAAGGCUGGCGGGGACCAGGCAGCCAAGAGCGGGCGGCGGAAGCGGCCUCGGUCCACCAAGACGAGCGAGGAAGUCGAGAGCCAGCGGAUGACGCACAUCGCCGUCGAGCGUAACCGGCGGCGGCAGAUGAACGAUUACCUCAGGGUGCUCCGGUCCCUCAUGCCAGGAUCUUACGUCCAAAGGGGAGACCAAGCAUCCAUCAUAGGUGGCGCCAUAGAGUUCAUACGAGAGCUAGAGCAACUGAUCCAGUGCCUCGAGUCACAGAAGCGGCGCCGUCUUUACGGCGACACGCCACGGCCGGUCGCCGAUGGAACCGCCGGGGCGGUUCCGGCGACAACCAUGCACGAGCCGCCACCGCCGCAAGGGCACGAGGCUCCGCCCUUCUACGUCUCCCCGAGCCUCCCGUUCCCUGCUUUGGCGACCGGUGACGGCGGCGCCGCUGGCAAGGUGAUGGUCGACCUCGACACGUGCGGCAGCGGGCUCACGGAGGAGGAGGUGGCCGAGAACAAGUCGAGCCUGGCGGACAUCGAGGUGCGCGUGCUGGGCGAGGACGCUGUGAUCAAGGUCCUGUCUCGCCGCCGGCCGGAGCAGCUCAUCAAGACCAUCGCCGUGCUGGAGGAGAUGCACAUGUCCAUCCUCCACACCAACAUCACCACCAUCGAGCAGACCGUCCUCUACUCCUUCAACGUCAAGAUCGCCGGCGAGCCAAGAUUCACGGCGGAGGACAUCGUCGGCGCCGUCCACCAGAUCCUCACCUUCAUCGACGUCAACUACACAUUAUGAUCGAUCCCGGCCUGUACUCGAGAUUGAGCUUGCGUUGGAUGCUGGCAACUCGGUUUAUUUCGAUUUCUAUAUUUUCAGCGUGUGCUCGGUUAUAUAUUUUUCUCCAGCUUGUGUAAUUUAUUAAUCGUGUCACACUAUAUUUCCUUCACAUGUCUAUGUGUGUAAGCUGAUUAGAGCAGCCAGAAACACACCAUUUGGUUUGUUUAUUCACACAAUAUGAAUCUAUGAUGAAUGACUCGUGCGUUAAUUAGUUUCAAAGUAAAGGGGGUUAUUUUGUAUUUUAAUU